UAGAUUUGCUUUCUUCCGGACCGUUUUCAUGUGCACAUUUAAAUUACACGGAGUGUUUUUUAUGUCGCGCUCAUCGUCUGAUUUAAUCAGAGUAUCGUUUUAUUUUAACUCAAUUUAAGAUCACGUUAAGUUUAUUUUCUACCUAAAAAAUCUCAGGAUGGCAGGGAACUUCUGGCAGAGCUCACAUUAUCUGCAGUGGGUUCUGGACAAACAGGAUCUGAUGAAGGAGAGACAGAAAGAUCUCAAGUUCCUCACCGAGGAGGAAUAUUGGAAGCUACAGAUAUUUUUUGCCAAUGUGAUUCAAGCUUUAGGGGAACACUUGAAACUCAGGCAGCAGGUCAUCGCAACGGCAACAGUCUACUUUAAGCGUUUCUACGCCAGGUACUCUCUGAAGAGCAUAGACCCUGUGCUGAUGGCCCCCACAUGUGUGUUUCUGGCCUCUAAAGUAGAGGAAUUUGGUGUUGUUUCGAACACACGCCUUAUUUCAGCAGCAACGUCUGUGAUGAAAACAAGGUUCUCUUAUGCCUUUCCAAAGGAGUUUCCCUUCAGAAUGAACCACAUCUUGGAGUGUGAAUUCUACUUACUGGAGCUCAUGGACUGCUGUCUGAUCGUGUAUCACCCUUACAGACCGUUACUGCAGUAUGUGCAGGACAUGGGGCAGGAGGACAUGCUGCUGCCGCUGGCUUGGAGGAUAGUGAACGACACCUACAGGACAGACCUGUGUCUGCUUUAUCCUCCAUUUAUGAUAGCACUGGCCUGCCUGCAUGUGGCCUGUGUGGUGCAGCAGAAAGAUGCCAGGCAGUGGUUCGCUGAGCUGUCUGUUGACAUGGACAAGAUCCUGGAGAUUAUCAGGGUGAUUCUGAAACUCUAUGACCAGUGGAAGAACUUUGAUGAUAGGAAGGAAAUGGCCGUUGUGCUCAACAAAGUGCCCAAACCCAAACCUCCUCCUAACAGUGAGACUGAUCAGAGCUCAAACGGGAGUCAAAACAGCUCGUACAGUCAGUCCUAGAGCGGCCUCUGCUGGAGGACCUGAGGUGGAGUGAUACACAAACACAGCACAUCCCGGCACAUCUGAAUGCUCCUUUUCACAAGCUCAUUGUUUUAUGACUGUGGGGAAACACAUUCCCGGCACAAAUCCUCUCUUUCCUCUCUUCUGGGCUCUUCCAGCAAUCAGAGCAGAGAGAAUGAUGCCACCUCUUUCCUUCCACCAAUCAGAGCAGAGAGAAUGAUGCCACCUCUUUCCUUCCACCAAUCAGAGCAGCCCAUGUCAGAACUGCUCACCAAUAGGAAAUAUGCUUUGAUUUAGAGUUUAUUGGCAAGCCUAAGGCUGUUGUCUUGAAUGUUACGGACACACACACAACACACACACAAACGCACCUCAUUUGGUAUUUGUUUGAUUAAGAGGGGUGCGGUUUUCCCAGAUCUUGUUAGUCGAUAGUCCUGACUUCCUUGAAAAGUCCCAUUAAGCUUCUUUUAGCGGAUGCUCUUUGGGAACUAAGAAAACUUGAUUAUUUUCUGUCUGAGAGCGGCAAAUAGAGAGUGUGUGUGUUUAAUCGCAAAUAUAUUUGUAUGCGUGCCUCUCGUUGACCAUAUCACAGUUUGUAUUCCUCAGGGAAACGGAUCAGUCCUCUUUACAAAGUGGCUGUCUGUAAACUGAUUGGCCACAGGGCUAUGUGACGGCGAUCUUUUGAACCCUCGUACUGUGUAAUCAAAUCCUGAUUGGAUAUUUGACGCACAUGUGGAUGUGAGUUAAAAUGCACAAGUGACACAGAUAGUUGAGUUGAUCACAGUAUGCUUCAAACGGCAUUGUAAAUAUGCUUUCCAUUUAUAGCCCUUGACAUUGUUUUGUCUCAUAAAUUUACUGUA